AUGAAGUUCUCUUCUUCUUUCGUUGCUCUCGCCUCCUUCUGUGCGCUAGCCAUCGCCAAACCUGCACCGAGCCCUGCUAAGCCUUUCGGCGCUGUUUACAUGAUCAACAAUGAUCUUGCUGACAACUAUGUCAUCGCCGCCCAGAUUGGACAGGAUGGUCUUUUGACGGACCUCACCGCGACGGCAGCUCAAGGGGCCGGAGCCCGUGGUCGCCCAACUAACACCGGUCCUCUCUUUUCUCAGGGCCCUGUCCAAGUCAACCAGGCGACUGGCCGUCUCGCCGCUGUCAACGCCGGCUCGAACACCAUCCAGAUGUACAACAUCGACCCGAAGAACCCGACGAAAUUAACGCCCAUCGGCUCCGCAGUUCCCUCCGGCGGAGAUUUCCCUGAGAGUAUUGCCAUCAACAAUGCCGGCGACCAGCUGUGCGUUCUCAACGGCGGUCUUGAGUCGAAUGUGCAGUGCUUCCUCGUUGACUCUUACGGGGGGCUUACCCCAACCUCAACCGGGGAUGUGAAAGUGUACAACCAGACGCAGAACCCUCCAAUGGGUCCGCCUGGUACUGCUUCUCAGGUUAUCUUUACGCCUGAUCAGGAGGCCGUCAUUGCUAUCGUGAAAGGAAUGGCGGGCGACUUCGACAACAGCCCGGGUUACAUGCGCAUCUGGCCCAUCACCAACGACGCCGUGCUGGCCGACGAGCCCUUCGAAAUUGACAUCCGCCCACCCUACGGUGGCCUCACGUUCUCGCUCUCACAGAUCCCGGGCCGCAAUGCUUUCGUUGGCUCCGACGUUGUCAACGGAGCGCUUGUUGUGGACAUGACAUGGGGUGCAGGCAACACGACCAUCACGCCAUUGAACAUCACGCAUAACAAGGGCAACUGCUGGUCUGUCACUGCACCCAAGACCGGCACCUACUUCAUCUCGGACUUGCUCAACGAGUUUGUCAACGAGGUCCAGCUCGACGACGACCUCACGCCUACUCUUCUUCGCCAGUACCCGAUGCCGAAGAUGGGUCCCAACGAGGCGGUCGUUGCCGACGUGAAUGGUCAGGAGUUCAUGUACAUGCUACUCGAGGAGGCAACGUCCUUUGGUGUCUUCCGCCUGAAUGCUCCUGGUGACGCUGAGUUGGUCCAGCUCCUCGACAUCACUGUCCCCAUUGAGAACAUGGGCAUCAACGUCGACUACCUCCUUCUUUCGGGCAUGAACAUUUACCUUGCCGACCAGUAG